UCAUAUACUUCGUCUGUGUCCAUAAUAGUCGGAAUUAAAACGAUUUUAAGUUUUAAACGAUAAUUAAAAUGCGUUAUAAUCGAAAUAUAAUUGGACUAGACCUAUAUUUCAUUGCAUUAUCUGUGAACUAUGGCCAUCGAUGAAGGACUCAUCAAUAUUGUUGACUACCGAUUAGAAUUAUAUCCGAUUACAAUUAAGUUUAAGAGAGUAUUCAAUAUCCACUUUAGUUAAUAUAUUAGUAUCAAUUUGGAGUGGUAAGUGAGCAAAUACCGUUGUAAGUUUUCUAUUGAUGGUGAUCGCUAUCUUCGAGACGAAAAAAAAUAUUACCUUGACUGAUAAUAAAUUAUCAGAAUUUUAUUUGCUCACACAUUACGCGGAAAUCCUGCUACGUAAUAUCGACGUUAGAUGUCAGGAUGUCGUUGAUAACGUUGCACGUGUUACAUUGCCGAGGUUUAAAUAAGUUGGCUACUCCGAUCAGAUUGGCUGCGACCGGCACUCUAGCAAACUUACGACCGUGCUCUCUAUUUAAGAAAUACGUAAGAGAAAUGUCAUACACUACGAUUGAAAGAGGUGCACCAAACACCACCGAUUACAGGAUUUAUUUUAGAAAUGAUGCUGGCCCAAUUUCGCCCAUGCACGACAUUCCACUGUAUGCUGAUGAAGCUAAUAAAAUAUUAAAUAUGAUCGUUGAGAUACCAAGAUGGACAAAUGCAAAGAUGGAGAUCAAUCUUAAAGAAACAUUGAAUCCUAUUAAACAAGAUGUUAAAAAGGGCAAAUUGAGAUAUGUUGCCAAUUGCUUUCCUCAUCAUGGAUAUAUUUGGAAUUAUGGUGCUCUGCCACAAAUGUAUCUGAUAUUGAGAAGCAAUAUCCUGGUUUGAUGAAAGCCACCAUUGAAUGGUUCAAGAUUUAUAAAAUACCAGAUGGUAAACCGGAGAAUCAGUUUGCAUUUAAUGGGGAGGCAAAACCAAGAGACUUUGCUUGGCAUAUAGUCGAGGAAGUACAUCAACAUUGGCAGAAUCUCAUUAAACGAGAAGCUCCUGCAGGAGGAAUUGCAUGCACUAAUACGACAGUGGCAGGCAGUCCUUUCAAAACAACUACAAAAGCUGCUGAUGAAGUAAUAGAAAAAGCUCCAGAAGCAUCCGAGGCUCAGGCAGUAGAUCCCAUUGUCGAUAAAUGGCAUUACGUGCAUCUUAAGUGAGAGUAAAAGGGUAUUUUUACAUCAAUACAUCUAUUGAUGUCUACAACACAUGCUUGUUUUUAUGGUACAUAAUGGAAUACCACGUAUUACCUCCACAUUCAUCAUAAGUUUUGAUACAUUCUAUAGUUAUAGUAUUUAAAUGCUAUUGCAUGUGCUUGCAGUAUCCAAACAAGCAACACAUUCGCGCAGUCAAUUUGCACCUGUAUCUUAUUUAUUUUAAUAUAUUUGUGUUUGUCAAAUUGGAAAAUAUGUGUACAAAGUUUUGAAAGUAUGUAUCUUUUGAUUACGGAUCGAAACUUAUUACUGUACUGUGUGUACGUAGAUAUAACGGGUAGUAGAAACUAAAUAUACUCUUGUACAUGUACAGAGUAAAGGUUGUGAUACAACUUUGUAUGGUUGUCCAGCAAUAGGGUAUUCUAGACCAAUAAAUCUAUUUUCCCAUACAAUUUGUUAUAUUACAAAUAUAAUGUAAUACAAUAAAUUCAUUUGCGAUUUAAAUUUCACAUUUUCUAUUAAAAAAAAAACUUAAAUCCUAUAUUUCUACUUUUCUUGUCUCACCCUUGAAAAUUCACAAAAGAAAUUAGAUACCCAAA